AUGAUAAAUCAAAAAUUUGUCUUAAAAAUGAGUUUUAAAUCAUUAAUAAAUCAGUAUGAAAAAAAAUUUUUCAGCACGAUAAAUAAUAAAACUAUUAAUUUUAUAAAUAAAAAUGGAAACAAAAAAAAUGAAAAAGGGAAAUUAUUCUCUAUAGAAAAAUUUGAAAAUUUUAAUCUAUUAAAUGUAAAAAAUUUAAAUAAUAGAGAGCUUUUAUAUUAUAUAGGAUAUUGUAGCAAACAUAAAUUAUUAAAUUUAAAUAUUUUAGAUACUAUAAUGAAAGAAGUAGAAAUUAAUAUAAUAAAUAGCAUAAAUUGCAUAACAACUGACUUAACUCAAAAUAAAAAAAAUAUUUUAAAUUCAAAAAGCUACAAUUCGCAAAACUCAAAACCAUUUUUUGAUAUUCAUGAUUUAAUAAAAGUUUAUUUAAAUAUCUGCUACAUUAAUUCUUAUUUUUUUUUAAAGACAAAAUAUUAUGGAAAAUUAAAUAAUGGAAAUCUUUUAAAUGAAAAAAAGGAUAUUAAUGAAGUAAAAAAAGUUUUUGAGAAUAAUAUUUUAAAUAAUAAAAAAUAUGAAGAAAAAAAAGAUAAUUUAAAUUACAAAAAUAAUGAUAUAAAUGAAUUAUUUAACAAAGAUGAAUUUAUUUACACAAAUACUUCAAAUAAAAAAUAUGAACCUAAUGAAUUUAUAUGCAACGAAUAUAUAAAGAAUAUAUUUAAUUUACUUUCUAUUUUUUUUCUUCAAAAUAUAAAUAUGGUAAAUGAUCAUUAUUUAUGCCGACUUUUUUAUGGAUAUAACAAGAGUAAAUUUUAUAAUGAAAGAUAUUUGAAUAAUUUAUGUUUUGAAAUAAUUAAAAGAGUAAAAAAAAUUAGAGCUUAUCAUUUACAUUUAAUACUAGUUAACUGUUAUUAUUUAAAUUACAUAGACACAAUAUUCGUUAAAGUUUUAUUAAUAAAUUUAAUCUCGAAAUUUUCACAAUUACCUUGUGAAGCAAUGUGUAAAAUUAUACCUAUAAUCCCUUUAUAUAUAAAUUCGGAAAAACUAAUUUAUAAAGUUAACGUUAUAUAUUCAAAAAAAAUAGCUAGCUUUAAUCAGAUUAAUCAUAUUAUUAAUUUAUUUAAAAAGAUGAUACAGUAUAAUUUUAUAUCUCAAAAAAAUGUAUUUUUAACUUUUAAACAUUUAAAUAAAUUUAUAAAUAUUAAAAAGAAUAAUUUAAAAACAAAUAUUCUGAAAAAAAGGGAAAUAACAGAAGAAAACAUGGAGCAAAAUAAUUUAUUGGAAAAUGUUGGGACAAAAGACAAUAUAAUAAAUAAUAUAGUAGAAAACUUUGAAGAAUUUGAAUAUCAAGAUAAAAAAAAAAAUAUCAUGAUAAAUUGUAGAAAUGAAGAUUUACCACUGGAAGAUAAUAUUUUAUAUAAAAAUGAAAAUAAAAAUUUCGAUAACAAUGGUAAUAUAGAUAUAACUAAUAUUAAAAAUUCUAAAGAUGAAAAUAUUAGUGUAAUUAAAAAGAAAAUUUAUAAAAAAGAUGAAUCUUAUAAAAUUGAAGAACCAACAUAUAUAAAUAAAGAUGAUAUUUCUAAAAAAGAUGAGAUUAUUCUUAAAAAGGAAGAAGAUAUUUUUAAAAAAGAGGACAUACUGUUUAAUUUAAAAGUAAUAGAAAUGCACUUAAAACAUGAUUUAAAAAGCAUUUAUUGUCUUUUGCCGAAUGAAUAUAAGAACUUUCUUCAAAAAGUUAGAAACACAUCAUGUAUUAUUAAUAAAAAUCUUCAAGGAGAAAAAGAAAUUUAUAUUUUAAAAAAAUAUAUGAAACUAUUAAAUUAUAAAUUUAUUACUUUUACAUAUGGACCAUAUAUUUUACACAUUUGUGAUCCAUUUUAUAAAAUAUAUGUUGAAUGGGAAAACGUAUGGAAAUUAUACCCAAUUUAUGAACAAAAUUCACAAAAAAACUUUGAAAUUAAUAAGAAUAAGCAUAUGAAAAAAGAAGGAUUUGAUGUAAUUUAUGUAUCUCAUGAUUCUUUUUUAAAUUAUCAAAAUGAAAAUGAAAAAAUGGAAUAUUUAAAUUCAAUUUUAAAGGAUACAAAAUUUUCAAGAUGUAAUACAUUUGUGAAUGAAAAAAAUUCAGCUGUGCCAUUGGAAGAGAAACAUAUAUAUAUGUAA